AUGGAGGGCUUUCGGCGGGAAAGCUCCGGCUUUGGUGACCUGAUGAGCACGAGCAGCUCGAUGUACGGUGUCGGCUCAACCUACUCGGCCUUUGGCGAUGCUGGAGAAGAUGACCUCGCCGCCAACCCCUUCGCCGACCUCGCCUCGUCCUCCUCCCUUCUGCCGCCUGUUCAGCCAGCAUCGCCGCAAUCUCCGUUCCACUCUCCUCGGCAAGAGCGGCAAGCGCUCGUGUCGCCAACCAUCGAGGCGCCGCAGUAUGUCGAGCCGGAACAAACGCCUUUCUCGCCUCAUGCGCCUUACUCGCCGCCUGCACAAACGAAGGAGCUGUCACCACCCGUCUCUCCGGCAGCUUACGAGCCACCUCCGCCUGCGACACCAGCUGCGCCACACGAGCGGACGUUCCUACGGGAGGCGGCACCUGAACCCGAGACGCCAGCACCUCCUCCUCCUCCCGCUCUGCAACCCGGAGAUCCCGCCGGCUUCUCCUACAACCCCUACGCCGAUUCUUCCUUCCCAUCUCGUCUCGCUCCAUCCUCUCCACCCACGCCAACUUCCCCGACUCUCCUUCAAUCGCCCUCGCGACAGAAGCCCGAUUUGUCCGCCUUGCUCGGAGACGAGAAGCCGGCCAGUUCGAGCUUCCGUAAGGCUGAGCGGCACGAUGGAGGAGCAUUGAGCGGCAAGGGAGGCCUUCCGACGAGUUCGGUUGGGAGGAAGCCGGUCGCAAAGCCGCUGGCAGCGUUGCUAGGGCUGGAGGUCGAGGAUGACAAGUCUGCGUCUGGCGUGCCACCUGCGGAGAAGGAGACGACUGCUCCGGCAUCGUCGCAACCUGCGCCCGUCACAGCCGUGAAGCCCUCCGCUCUCGAAACGCCUUUACCGCCUUCGCCCGCACCUUCCCCUGCGCCCGCCGCUCCCGCUUCUCCCGCCAAACCUCCUAAACUCGCCCGCGCCGCUUCCGAAGCCCCUUCAACAAGCUCUGCAGACUCUACCGGCGUCAGCGUCCCGUACGAAUCGAUGGUCAGCCCGCUCGAGACGGGCGACACGCCUCGCGAGGAUGGCGAGCGGCGGAACGCAGCUUGGCCUGCCAACAAGCCUGUCGAAGGCAUCGAUGAGCAGCUCGCCGGGCUCAAGAUUGACCAGUCAGCGACGGAGAAGCCUGCCUCAUCGGCAGCAGCGCCAACGACCUCAGAACCUCCAGCAUCGGCACCCUCCGUUUCCGCCUACUCACAGUACAUCUUCAGCGAGGAGACUUCGACAUCCGCCUCUCCCGAACCGUCCGACCUGAGCCGACGACCCUCGUACAUCGACUCUGGCUCGCGAGGCUUCCGCGCUUUCAACGGCUCGAGCGACGACGGCGGGUUCGGUGCUGGCGACGAUGCGGACAGUGUCCGAGGGACGUAUAGCCGCAGCGUUGAGGUUGGAGAUGCGGAGGAUGCGGAGACUGAGACGACCGGCGCGAGUACGCCUGGAACGGAGCGGACUGUCGGCGCCGGCGAGAGCGUGCGAAGCGUGCGGGAGGACUCGGCACCACUGCCUCCGCUACCAACGCAGACUCCGUCCGUGCAAGGCUCGCCUCGAAGCACGCAACUCGGCGGCUCGCUCGGGCCGACGUUCAUCAUCACCGUCGGCGACCCGCAGAAAGUCGGCUACAACCCAGCGACGCAGCACACCGUCUACACCGUCCGAACGAGGACCACGUCGCCCGCCUAUCGCAAAAACGACUUCUCCGUCCUGCGUCGCUACAGUCAUUUUGUCUGGCUCUACGAGGCGCUCACGCAGAACAACCCGGGCGUCAUCGUCCCAGGCAUGCCGGAGAAGCACGCGAUCGGUCGCUUCGGCUCCGAGUUUGUCGAGAACCGCCGCCUCGGCCUGCAGAACGCCCUGAACAAGAUCGUCUCGCACCCGAUGCUCGUUGGCGACCCCGACUUGCGCCUCUUCCUCGAGAGCGACUCGUUCGACAUCGACAUCAAGCAGCGCAAAAUCGAUACGAGCGCCGACAACAAGGGUCUACUGGCGAGCUUGAGCAGCAGCAUCUCGGGCCCGAAGUUCAUCGAGUUCGACGAUUACUUCGACCUGAAGCGCCAGCAGCUCGAAGCGUUCGAGACGCAGCUCCGAUCACUCAUCACCGCCCUCGCCGCCGCCGCUAAAGCCCGCUCGACGCUCCAAGCGUCCGUCGCGGAGCUCCAGUCGGCCUUCCUUGCGCUCGCGCAAUGCGACUUGUCGUCCUCGCUGCGCAAGCUUUUCGACGAGGCUGCCGCCGUGCAGAAGAAGGUGUUUGAUCUGGCCGAGGCGCAGAGCGUGCACGAUGAGCAGAUUGGAGGGUUGAUUAGCGUCGCGGAGAGCUAUGCUCGGCUGUGCACCAGCGCGAGGGGCGUCUUCGGUGCUCGCAUCAAGGCGUACAACACGUGGCAAGCUGCCGAGGCCAACCUGCGCAAGAUCCAGUCGGCGCACGAGAAGGCCAAGCGGACAGGCCGGACGCACUCGGAGCUGCUCAACCUCUCUGUCGCCGAGAUCUCCGACGACGGAGGCUUACGACUCGUCUUUGGGAACCAGGCUGAGCGCAAGAUGCUCGACGCUCGACACGACUUUGACGACGUCUCGAAGCUCACCAAGGCCGAGAUGGCGCGGUUCGAGAAGGAAAAGGUGGACGAUUUCAAGAAGGCGCUCGAGGACUUUGCGGAUACAAUGGCUGCGCGCCAGCGCGAGGUCGUCCAGGUGUGGCAGCACUACCACGACCUCCUCGCCGCCGCCGUCGAGUCGAGCAAGGCAGCCGCUUCGGCGUCGGCGUCAGCGUCCUCCGAGACCGCGCCAACAGCUGCCUAG